CGGCCAAACCUAGCUGGCCGAGCCACAUGGCAGCAGCCCAACCAGGAAAGUUCGGCCAAAGCAAGAAGCUAAUCAACGGGGGAGUCCAAACCGGCUCUCCCAUGGCUAACCGGCAAGCAUGGACAUGGGCGGCCAAGAUGCAUCAGGCCGCCAAAUGAAGGUGCAGCACGCUGCCAUGUCAACGAUCCGUGGGAGAAAGAAGCACGCCACAUCAUUGAUCCGUGUGAACAGACACCUUCACCAAAGGGCGACACAUGGCAAGGGACCACGGACACUUGGCGGAAGCAGCAUGGAAGGUGCAACCAGCCCAAAUCUGCACAUUCCCAAAUUGAUUGGGCGCCCACCCAUUCAAAUGAGUUUGAAUUCAAAUAUGGCUGAUUAGAGGCCAAAUAAGGAUAGUUUGCUUGAGUAAUUUGAAUUCAAAUUUUGAAUUCAAAUAAAGGCCACUCUUGGCCGAUUAAGGAAAGGUUGGAAUUCAAAUUCAAAUUCGAAUUAGUUCCCACUACUAAUUUCGAAUUUGAAUUCGAAUUAAGCCCACUCAUAAGCUGAAAUUUCAGCACUUAGCAUUUGUCUAUUUAAGGGUGCCAUUAGGCACUUUGUAAUCAUCUUUUGCGAAGUUAAUCAAUAUUGAUCUUUUGAUCUUUGAUCCCAUAGGGGAAUUCGGCCGAAAGGCCUUGGGCUAUCGUAGGGAUUCAACCCUCGAUAGAUUGGGCUAGCAUCGGGAUCAUCAUGUCCCUUUGUUAGAUUAUUUUUCUGCUCUUGUUUCCAGCAUUCAUUUUCUUUAUUUUCCAGCCUUGUAAUCCAUUGCCUUUUGGAAUAGAGAGAGUUCUUCAAUCCAUCCCCAUUUAUGUUUGAAUCUCACCUUGCCACACUCAUCAUCCUUGAGAGUUAGGAUAAGGAUUCCACGGCAAUAAGAAGGAGUACGUUACCUACAUCAAGUCGGUCCCAAGGCAAUCCGCCAACACCAUCUUCAACCUUCGGACGAUUGGGCCGGGGAUCGGGACCGCAGGUCCCCGGGUACCCAAACAAUUGGUGCUUUCAUUGAGAGGUUCGUCGGAAGAAGUUCCUAGAGAAGCUCCGUCGAAGACUCCCUUCAGGAGGUAACGUUCUCAUCUGCAGAAAAUUCCAGAUCUGAUUUUUGGUGUUUGGGGAAUAGAUUUUUGGAGCAUAUUAGGAUCUGGAGUUGUUUUAAAAAUUCUGCAACCACAUAUCCUUGAUCUGAAAUUCUGCAAUACAUAUAUCUUGAUGUUUGAGGAUCCUGCAGAAAUUUUCAGAUCUGAAUUGGAGUGUUGGAAGAUUGGAGUUGGGUGUUAAAUAUAUUUGAUCCAUUGCUGUUUUAACUUUCUGAAACCCAUAUUGGUUAGUCCGAGGGAGAUUAAAAUUUCUGCAGCCCAUAUAUCUUAGUCUGAAGUUCAAAAAAAUUCUGCAUCUUAUAUUGGGCUUGAACUUGUAUUCGAUUGGGAGAUUUAAUUUUCUGUUUUUCAUCCUUGUGAAACUCCUGUCGGAGGUUGAUUGAGUGGUGUACACAUCAGGUGGGUUGGUUCAUCCAUUGGGUGACAACCGCAGGAGGUUUGGGGACUGAUUUGAGAAGUUUCUGUGUUGCGGAAAAAUUCUGCAACAAGGUGUUUGUUAGGUUUCUAAGAGAAGGGUUUUCUGUUCUAAAGGUUAAAUUCUUUUCUUUGUGGAUCUACCAUGGAGUCGAGGGGAGACUCAAAGGGUAGUAUUAACCAACCCGGCCAAUUGUGGGAGAAUAUUAUAAACACUUUGGUUGACAUAAGGAGACAAAGUAACGCCAACGUAGAGAGAAUAGAAAAGGAGUUGGCUAAAAAAGAGAAUGAUGAGAUACAAAAAAACAUGAGAGAAAAUCAGAGGGAGAAUAUGAGUAGAAGGAGAAGAUUAGAAGGCCGAAGUGUUGUGAAAGAAAGGAAAUAUAAGAGGUACUAUGAUGAAAGUACCGAAUCCGAAGAUGAUCCUUUCCAUGCGCAAAGGCUUGAAGGCCGGAGAGAACACAUGGAUAGAAGGAAGAAAGGGCUGAUUGGUGAUGUCUAUGAUAAGAGUGUUUCUAGGGAUCCAAAGCUUCAUGAGAAGGGGCCAAGAAAACCUACAAAUACUCUACCAAACUUCAGCAGCAAGGCCAAGAAUCCUGUUCCAGCAACCACAGCAAUUUCAGCCAAUUCUGAAAAUUCUGCAAGCAUCUCCAAACCGCAGCCAUCUGCGGCCAAGAAGCUGAAUAACGAAGAGUUGCAGGACUUCACCAAAAGGGGUUUGUGUUUCAAGUGCAGCGCCAUGUGGAGGAUAGGCCACAAAUGUUCAUCCGGCCAAGCCCAUGUCGACAGCAGCAACGAAGAGCCCGAAGAACAUGUUGCUGAAAUUUCAGAUUCAGCACAUGGUUACAUGAAGAUUUGGACUGCAGUUCGCGCAGCAAAAUCAAAAGAAAAAGUUGCUGUUUUCACUCCAACCACAACCCGAGAUGAAGAACUAUCUAUUGAAGAAUCCAGUCAAGCCAUCAUAUUUCGGGAGAACAGCGAUUCAGCCGUUGUUCAACCCGAAAAUUCUGCACACAUGAGCGCAGAAAUUUCAGCUUCUGCGCCCAUUGUGAGUGAAAAUGCUGAGGAGUGUUUGACCUCAGAAAUUCCAGCAACCGAAGGCAGGUCAACCUCGGUUAUUGCAACAGAAGCCUCAGCCAAUGCAGCCAAGGAACAAGGUGAUAUUACAGUGGAUCUUCAGUUGCAAAGAGAAGACACACCUGCUGCAGAUUUUAGUGCAGAAAAUUCUGCGACUGCGAAAUUUGUUGCACCACCAAGGAGCAGCGGAAUUCUUCCAGAUUCUUCAAACCACAUUGAGCCAAUCCAUAGCCAGGAGGAUGCCAAGAUAACCACACGGGCGGUGAUCAAUAUUCAGCGACCAACUACUAUGCAGCUCACGGCUUGGAUCGACAGAUACGAGAGAGAGGGUAGAGAAGUGGAAGAAGAGAUGAAGGCCUUCUCCAAACUUGCUUACUUUUUGACUGGCACUUCUACUGCUGCACUCAUGGCCAUUUCCUCUGGAUAUCUCGAAGGUCAAACAGGACAUGCCCAUACAGUCGCUCUCAAGGUCUGCACCAUCUUCAUGGUGGUCACCUUCUUAACUGGUUGCAGAAUGCUGUUUCUAAUACUCAGUCGUAGCAGCCACAUCUCUAUUAAAUCCUUCAAAAGCCUCAAGUGGACAGGAUUGUUGUCGCUGAUCCUUUCGGUGUUUAGCGGCGCCAUUCUUUACCUAAAGAUGUUUGCCCUUCUGGCAUUCUUUAUAGCAAUGAUCCUAUUCUUUAUGGCUUGACAUCCAUGCAGUCAUCACCAAGGUAAUAGGGGCAUAUCAUUCAGACGUUUAUCCGAUUUCAUUUGAAACAUUUGGAUGCUGUUUGUUAUGGUUUCCUUACGUGUUGCUCUGGUGUCCUAUUAUUUAGUACUAUUGUUUACCAUUUGGUUAAUGUCAGUUGAGUCAACUACGGGAAUAGUGUUCUGUUAGACAAUUUACGGUCGUGGGUUAGUAUUCUGAUGGUUGUCUAUUUUUCAGCAAGUUUGUUUUUGUUGUUUUCAUUAUGUUGCACGUGGAUUCAUGGCAAUUAUGCCAGUAUUGUAUUUAAGCUGUGUUAACAAUAGAAAAAGGGAGAUUUAAUCACCCAAAUAUUUGGCUUA